UCUUGUGCACCGCGGGUUGUUGAGUGUGUACCCGCCUACAGAAUAACACCGCUACAAGGUACACUCAUGUACACAGCCCUUGUAAUAGAAGACAGGUGUACUAACAAGGGGCACUAACGACAGGAACAAGGGGCACUAACGACAGGAACACAACUUCACUAAUGCCAAAAACAUAGGUGCAUUGACUACAAGAAUACAGGUGCUCUUACGACAGGAACACAGGUGAACUAAGAACAAGAAAACAGGUGCACCAAGAACAGGAACACAGGUGCACUAAAAACAGGAACACAGGUGAACUAAGAACAGGAACACAGGUGCACUCAGGUGCUCUACCAACAGGAACACAGGUGCUCUCAGGUGCUCUACCAACAGGAUCACAGGUGCUCUAACAACAGGAACACGGGUGCUCUAACAACAGGAACACAGGUGCUCUAACAACAGGAACACAGGUGCUCUAACAACAGAAUCACAGGUGCACUAACAAAAGGAACACAGGUGCUCUAACAACAGAAUCACAGGUGCUCUAACAACAGGAACACAGGUGCUUUAACAACAGGAACACAGGUGCACUAGCAACAGGAACACAGGUGCACUAACACCAGGAACACAGGUGCACUAAGUGACAGGCAUCAUGUGCGCAAAACUCUAUGUGUGGAAAGGUAAAGAAAAUGACGGCGAGAUAGCAGGUCAUGGCGGACUCCAACUGUCAGACGGAACGUACAUCAGCUGGCGGAGGAACAUGUUCCCAGACGACAAUGAAAGUCAGCCGAUAAAUCCGACGACGUUAGAGGACGACUGCAACUUUGAGGGAAGGGCAGCUGACAAGAUCUUCCCGGUGCAGGCGGCCGAGGUUGACGAGUACUUAAUCCGGAAGUGGUGGCGGGAGUGGCAGACGAAGCGUGAGUGGAAGAAGCAGGGGGAGAUAACUCCGUGUUUCACGGUCCUUGAGGCCAUCAUGGCCGGUCGUGGAUGGAGCAGAAGUGAGAAGGGAGUCCGGAUGGAUCCAGGAGACCUCGUGGAUCAGGUUGCCAGGUUGGGGGUCAUCAUCAGGAACGAAGGAUGUGUCAUUCAGUGAUGCCAGGUUUCCGUUCUUACGCUGUCGUCCUCUGUAGCCUACAUAUACUUUUCAAGUGACAACCUUUGCAAACACGUCCCUGAUUUACAAUGAUCAAUAUAUGGAUAUAUAUUUUGCCGUACAAGCCCAAGGGAAUCUGUUUCGAGUUUUAUAUUUUCCUAGCGAUCAAAUGACUAAAAUGAUCGGACUCCUAUUUCAGAGAAUUACAUGAAACCGUAUAUAGAGUGUCAGGUUUAAUCAUGAGACUGGACCUGACUGUUUGUUUGUUGAACACUACUUCCGGUUCCGGCAACAUUCUUGUGAGUAAGUGAGUGAGUUUAGUUUUACGCCGCACCCAGGAAUGUUAUGGCGGCGGUCUGUAAAUAUCGAGU